UUGACCCUCCCACCGGACAUGACGUUUCACAUACGUCCCCUGUUUCCUCGCCGCUGAUUGGACGAGCAGCGGCUGGAAGUGCUGAACGUGGCGGGAGCCCAAAAUGAAUCAGAGACGUUUCGUUCAACGCUGCAGAAAAACAAGAAAACCGGACUGGAGAUGGUAGAAACCGCAAAAGCAAAGCGGAAGAGGUCAAAGACAGCUGUGAAAGAAGAAGAAACCACGAAUGCCUCCUCGCCGUCCACAUAUCACACCUUCCAUGACACUGCUGAUGUUGCGCUGCUGCGAUCUCAGCUCCUCAGCUGGUACGACAAGGAGCAGAGGGAGCUGCCAUGGAGGACUCUGGCUGUCACAGAAUCAGACCUCAACAUCAGGACAUAUGCAGUGUGGGUUUCAGAAAUCAUGCUGCAACAGACCCAGGUUGCCACAGUAAUCAGCUACUACAACAAAUGGAUAAAGCGGUGGCCCACAGUGCAGGAUCUUGCAGCUGCUACACUCGAGGAAGUGAACCAGAUGUGGGCGGGCCUUGGUUACUAUUCUCGAGGAAAAAGGCUGCAUGAAGGAGCUCAGAAGGUGGUGUCAGAGCUUAACGGACAGAUGCCUCGUACAGUUGACAGCCUGCUGAAACAGCUGCCCGGGGUGGGACGCUACACUGCUGCAGCUAUAGGCUCUAUUGCACUGGGCCAGGUUACUGGAGCCGUGGACGGUAAUCUGAUUCGUGUGUUGUGUCGCCUGAGAGCCAUUGGAGCUGACAGCACAAGUCCUGCAGUAACAGAGGCACUUUGGAGUCUAGCCAAUAUACUGGUGGACCCUGAGAGACCUGGGGACUUCAACCAAGCCAUGAUGGAGCUGGGAGCACGAGUCUGCACCCCUAAAGCACCACUGUGCAGCCAAUGUCCCGUACAGUCUCACUGCCACUCAUACCGCAAGGUUCAUGUCAAACAGGAAAAAAACUCCAGGAAGCUUUUGGGGAAGUUGGACAGGAAGCCAUUGAGCCUGCCUGAUAUAGAAGACUGUAUGAACAGCGGGACGUGCCCACUGUGUCCGUCGGAGCCUUGGGACGAUGAGUUGGGGGUUCAGAACUUCCCCAGAAAGCCCGCGAAGAAGCCUCCUCGAGUGGAGCGAACCCUGACCUGUGUGGUGAUCAGACCUGGAGAGGAGGAAGAGGAUGAGUACCUGCUCACACAGAGACCAAACAAAGGUUUGCUGGCAGGCUUGUGGGAGUUUCCGAGUCUCCUGCAGGAGGAGAAGACUUCUGACGUGAAACAGAAGCAGGCGCUGUGUUCUGAGAUCAGCAGGAUAUCAGGAACCCGUCUGACAGACAGCCUCCUUCAGUAUGUGGGAGAGGUGGUUCACAUCUUCUCCCACAUCCACCAGACGUAUGUGGUUCACAGUGUGCGGUUGAAGGACAGUGACACACAAACACAGAGUGAAAAUGCACAGUGGCUCAACAGAUCUGCUCUGCAGGAAGCUGCAGUGUCCACAGGAGUGAAAAAGAUUGUGAAGCUGUGUGACUCUGUGGUCAGUCAAAAACAACAAACCUCAAAGGAUGCAAAAAGACAAAAGCACGUCGGCACAAAGACGGGGAAGAAACCACAGAGCUCUAAAAAACCCAGACUGAGUGCAGCUGACAGCAGACAGCUCUCCCUCAGCUCCUUCUUCAAGACGGUUAAACAGGAAUCUUGAUGGGAGUGUGUGUGAAAGUCCCAAAUGGUGUGUUACUCUUAUGUCUUCACAUUAAGGGGAUUAGAAACAAUCCAUCCACCCAUCCGUUAUCUGUAACCACUUAUCCUCAUCAGGAUCCCGGUGAAGGCUGCAGCCAAUCCCAGCAAACUUCGGGCGAGAGGAUUAGGACCAAAAUAUCAUCAAAUGAUUUUACUGAAGUCAGUUUUUAAAGAUGUUUUAAAAUUAAAACUGUACAUUGUUCCUAUGAUAUUCCUGUAAAUAGAUCAGCAGUUUAAUUAGAUUUUUCAUGACCUCAUUGUAGGUAAAGUUUUUAUCAUAAAUGACUGGGAAGCUGUGAAGUUACAUCAAGUCACGUCAAGAUCACGUACAUGUUUGACAUCCUAUCUCGCAGAAUUAAAAGUAAUUUCAUGUAAAACAUUUUACACGUUUCAGAAGCAAUGUAUCAAAUAAUGGUUUAGAAUAAAAAUGCAUUUUUUUGUUGUAGAGAAUGUUACUUUGGAUAAUAACUCCCAAACACAAGACAAACACCAGGUUUAAUGCCAACUAAUGGCAUGUUGUCCAUCUUCUAAUUAAGAUCUUUAUUUUUUUAUCAUGAUGAAAGUGGGAAAAAAGUAAUUUAUUUUAUUAUUAAAAGAAACUUUAAUAGGUUAUAACAAGAAAAAGAUUAAAGAAACUGAAUUUUACACAAGCUUACAUUUUAUGUAAUGUUUAGGAUGAGACAUGACGGGUGGAAGAAGUGUAAAUACUUGUUGUGUUGCUGUAGAAAAUAAUAAUUUUGUCCUCUUGGUGCUGCAGUUUGUCCUAACUGUGGGAACUUGGAGGGCUGCAUGAUCCCAGCUCUGGAUUAAAGUCUACUAUCAGUGGUUAUUCUACACCGAGAAUCAUUUUCAGCACAGAACUAAAAAUAGGUUUAACAGUGCACAGAAAAAAAAACA